AUGAUGGAAAAUAUAAACAGUACUUCUCAAGACUACUUCAUUCUACUAGGUUUUUCUAAAUGGCCUCAGCUGGAAGAAGUUUUCUUUGUAGUAAUAUUGAUAUUCUACUUGAUGACACUGAUAGGCAACCUUUUCAUCAUCAUCCUGUCACACCUGGACUCCCACCUCCACACUCCCAUGUACUUCUUCCUCUCCAACCUCUCUCUUCUGGAUCUCUUCUAUACCACCAGCUCCAUCCCCCAGUUGCUGGUCAACCUCUGGGGCCCAGAGAAGACCAUUUCUUAUACUGGCUGCAUGAUUCAACUCUACUUUGUCCUUGCACUGGGAGGCACAGAGUGUGUCCUAUUGCUGGUGAUGUCCUAUGACUGCUAUGCUGCUGUGUGCAGACCCUUGCGUUACACUGUCCUCAUGCACCCUCGUUUCUGCCACUUGUUGGCUGUCACUUCUUGGCUAUGUGGUUUUACCAACUCAGCACUUCAUUCUCUCUUUACCUUCUUGGUACCCUGUGGGCAUUACCAAGUGGCUCACUUCUUCUGUGACGUUCCAGCAUUGCUGCAAUUAUCAUGUGUUGAUACUCAUGCUAAUGAGCUAACUUUGCUGGUCACGACCUCUAUUUUUGUUCUCAUUCCACUUGUCCUCAUUCUGACAUCCUAUGGAGCUAUUACAUGGACUGUGCUGAAGAUGCAAUCAACCAGUGGAUAUCAGAAAGCAUUUGGGACAUGUAGAGCCCACCUUUUGGUUGUGUCCCUCUUUUAUGUCCCUGCCAUGUGCACGUAUUUUCAGCCAGCAACAGAAAAUUCUCAAGAUAGAGGCAAGUUCAUUGCCCUCUUUUAUACUGUUGUCACACCUACCCUCAAUCCUCUAAUCUACACCCUCAGAAACAAAGAUUUUAGAGAGGCAGUAAGGAGGCAUAUGGGGUGA